AUGGAUCCCAGUAGUGACUACCAUUUCCUCAACCAGAUUUUGUGGAGAAGGGUGAAGCUCACACUGGUGUCUGGCAUCUUUGAGGGCGUGCUCCAGCAUGUGGAUCCUAACAAGAUUGUAGUCCUGAAAAACGUGAAGAAUGUAGAGUCAGGCCGCAGUGUUCCAGGAGUGAAAAUGUUUUUUGGGCAUGAGAUUGUGGAUGUGGAACUAAUGGAUGAAGCAGAAGGCGCAUCAGGAGAAAAGGCAUACGCUGUUAGCAUAAAUACAGAACGAGCUGGAAUGGAGAAAGUGAAAAAUGAAGACGUCAAUGUCUGUGAGCCAGCUUCACCUGCACCAGAGAUGCCAACCAGCUCUCUCCUCAGUGAUCUCAAGUACUGCCCUUCAGAGGAAGAGGAGGUGACAUACACGGUCAUUGAUCAGUUCCAGCAGAAGUUUGGUGCCGCAGUGGCCACAAACAGUCGAGUUUACUUGUUUGAUAUCUUCCUUCUGGGAAGCCGUGCUUUCAAUAAUGGACUUCAGAUGAUCUUAGAAGACAAGAGAAUCUUAAAGGUUAUCCACGAUUGUCGCUGGCUCUCUGACUGCUUGUCUCAUCAGUAUGGAAUCAUGCUGAACAAUGUCUUUGAUACACAGGUAGCUGACGUCCUUCAGUUUUCUAUGGAAACGGGUGGCUUUCUUCCAAACUGUAUCAGUACUUUGCAGGAGAGUUUAAUCAGACACCUUAAAGUUGCUCCCAAAUACCUUUUCUUUUUAGAAGAGAGACAGAAACGUAUUCAGGAAAAUCCAGAAAUAUGGUUGACAAGACCUCUUCCACCCUCUUUAUUGAAAAUCUUGGCCCUGGAAACAACCUACCUGCUUCCACUUCGAUUGGUGCUCCUGGAUGAGGUGAUGUCAGACUUAACCACACUGGUGGAUGGGUACCUGAACACCUACCGGGAGGGUUCUGCAGACCGGCUUGCAGGCACAGAGCCUGCAUGUAUGGAGCUGCCAGCAGAGCUUCUUCAACUCCAGGACUUCCAGAAACAGCGCAGAGAGCGAGCUGCGAAGGAGUACAGAGUGAACGCACGGGGCCUCCUCAUAAGGACGCUGCUGCACCCAAAGGAGCCGGCGGCUUGCACAGCAGGGAAGGAGGAGCGAGUCCAGGGUUUUUUAUUUUGUAAGACGUCUGAUGUAGACCAAGUUCCACGCUUUUUAUGUCCCGAAUCUCAUAAGGAUGAGAAGUUUUUGGAUAAAGAAUCUAAACAAACCACAGCGAUGUCCCAAAUUGUGCCCCCCAGGAAGGAAGGCGAAGCCCAUGAGGACUCUAAGAACAAGCUGGGGUGCUGGGAGUCAGCGGGGCCAGAAGACCCAAGAGCCCAGAACGCCCACCCCCUGCCUCCCACGCGGGCAUCUCAGUCCCAGUUUUCUUUGAAAGAGAAGAUAGAGCAGUUGAUGUGGGUGGGAAGUAAGGGAGCUUUAACAAGCCCAAGUGAAGGCGCUUUGGUGUCUCAGGAAACCUGGGAGGCGCCAAGUGACACCUUCCAUCUUCCUGAAAACGCUGAGGUUUCUACUCUUCCUCCCUGUCCAGCCCUGGAGAAGACAGAUUCGUGGAUAAGUCCAUCUUUAAGUCUGUUUUAG